CUUUCCUUCUUUUCCCUCGCUUUCUCCUCCACCGUCUCGAGAAGCGAGAGGACGGCGACGACGACACCGAAGGCGAUCUCCUUCUCCCGCCUCUGAAGCUUCCGUCCUCGCAAUCUGUUCGUCUUCUCGUUCUCCGUUUCAGUAUGGUUUCGCUUAGCGGUGAAAUUGGGAUAGAAGGGUCGUCCUCUUCUUCUCAGGCAAUGCCAGAAAGUGUUUUACCCACAAAAGCUGGGACAUUUGAUCCUCCAACACGCCUUCCAAUGGCCAGACCAGCUUUUGGCACUGAAGGACGGCCCGUCCAGCUGCUUACAAACCAUUUCAAUGUCAAAUUUACCAAGCAGGAUACAGUUUUCUAUCACUAUAGUGUCAAUAUAUCUCAUGAUAAGAGUGAUGAGAAUCAUGCACAUAGCAAAGGGUUUGGCAGAAAGGUCCUGGACAGGCUAUACCAGACCUACAGGUCAGAGUUUGAGGGGAAGCAAUUUGCUUAUGAUGGUGAGAAGAGCUUGUUUACUGUUGGGCCUCUGCCACAGAACAACUUCGAAUUCACAGUUGUCUUGGAAGAUUCAUCAGCCAGAGCUACUGGUGGAGAUCCAAGCGGUGACAGCUUGGGUGAAGGAGAUCAGAAACGUUCUAGACGAUCACAUUUUACAAGGACAUUUAAAGUUGAAUUGAGUUUUGCUGCAAAGAUUCCUCUAAAAUCUAUUGCACUUGCACUGAGAGGCGGUGAGUCAGAGGAUGCUCAACAUGCUCUGCAAAUACUUGACAUCAUUUUAAGACAACAACAAGCAAAAAGGGGUUGCCUCCUUGUCAAGCAAUCGUUUUUUGAUGGUAAUCAUGUAAACUUUAUUGACUUGGGUGGUGGUGUAUCUGGAUGUCGAGGAUUCCAUUCUAGCUUUCGCACCGUGAUGGGUGGUUUAUCAUUAAACAUGGAUGUUUCCACCACAAUGAUUAUCACCCCUGGUCCUGUUUUGGACUUUUUGCUGGCCAACCAAAAUAUACAAGAUCGUCGACGAAUUGACUGGGUCAAGGCCAAGAGGAUGCUGAAGAAUUUGAGAAUUAUGACAAGACACACCAAAAUGGAGUUCAGGAUUACUGGCUUAAGCGAAAUGCCAUGCAACCAGCAGCUCUUUCCUUUGAGAGUAAGAAACAGCCAUGGUGAAACUCAAAUAGUGGACAUCACAGUGUAUGAUUAUUUUAUGAAAACCCAUAAAAUGCAAUUGACAUGGUCAGCACAUAUGCCGUGUCUUGAUGUGGGCAAACCAAAACGGCCAAAUUACCUCCCAAUAGAGCUGUGCAACCUUGUUUCACUGCAACAAUAUACUAAGGCAUUGUCUUCUCAACAAAGGGUUUCACUGGUUGAAAAGUCUAGACAGAAGCCUUUGGAAAGAAUCAGAGUAGUAACAGAUGCUGUAAAGAACAAUCACUAUGAUGAAGAUCCAAUUCUUAGAUCCUGUGGAAUUUACAUUGAUAAGCAAUUGAGUAAGCUGGAUGGCCGUGUUCUUAGUGCCCCAACGUUGAAGGUCGGUAACGAAGAAGACUGUGUUCCUCGUAACGGUCGAUGGAACUUCAACCAAAAGAGACUCUUUUAUCCCAUCCAAAUUGAUCGGCUUUGGGCUAUUGUGAAUUUUUCCGCUCGAUGUGAUUUGAGUUAUUUGUCACGGGAGCUCAUUAACUGUGGAAGGAACAAAGGAAUUCAAAUUAAGCGUCCAUUUACCUUUUUUGAGGAGGACCGGGAGUGGGUGAGAUCUGAUCCUGUAGUAAGAGUUGAAAAGAUGUUUGAGAAGAUAAAGGCAAACCUUCCAGAGCAUCCUCAAUUUCUUCUAUGUGUCUUGCCAGAGAGGAAAAAUUCUGACAUUUAUGGGCCUUGGAAGAAGAAAAACCUUCAUGAAGUGGGUAUUGUUACUCAAUGUAUCUCUCCUACCAAGAUCAAUGACCAAUAUUUAACGAAUGUCCUCCUCAAAAUCAAUUCUAAGCUUGGUGGCAUCAAUUCUCUACUUGCUGUUGAGCAUCCAUGUAGAAUCCCCCUUGUUAACGAGAUCCCUACAAUGAUUCUGGGAAUGGACGUUUGUCAUGGUUCUCCAGGUCCUUCAGACUUUCCAUCCAUUGCAGCGGUAGUUGGUUCCAGGCAUUGGCCUCUGAUAUCAAGAUAUAGAGCAUCUGUAAGAACACAAUCUCCUAAAUUGGAAACAAUUGAUUCUUUGUAUAAGCCUGGAGCAGAUGGACAAGAUCAUGGAAUGAUUAGGGAGCUGUUGUUAGACUUCUACCGAAGUAGUAAUGCAAAGAAACCUACUCAAAUGAUCAUUUUUAGGGAUGGUGUUGGUGAAAGUCAAUUUAAUGAAGUUUUGAAUGUGGAGCUAAACCAAAUCAUCAAGGCAUUUGAGCAUCUAGGUGAGUGUACGAUUCCCAAGUUCACUGUUAUCGUAGCACAAAAGAACCACCACACAAAGCUUUUUCUAGCUGGUGCUCCCGAAAACGUCCCACCUGGAACUGUUGUUGACACAAUGGUGGUUCAUCCAAGGCACUACGAUUUCUACAUGUGUGCUCAUGCCGGAAUGAUUGGAACUUCAAGGCCGAUCCAUUACAAUGUACUUCUUGAUGAGAUUGGGUUCUCUACUGAUGACCUACAAAAGCUUGUUCUUGCACUUUCCUACGUGUACCAGAGGAGCACCACCGCGGUCUCCAUGGUGGCUCCUGUUUGCUACGCGCAUUUGGCAGCACAGCAGAUGUCGCAGUUCCUCAAGUUCGAGGACUUCUCGGGUGCUGCAGGGAGGCAAGGCGUCCCCGAGCUUCCAAGGCUGCAUGACAACGUGAAAAGCUCCAUGUUCUUUUGCUGAGGUCAGGAGCCUUCUGCCCUUAGUUUUGUGGUCGCUGUUUAUAUGAUUGAAAUAUUUGUCAAAGCAGAUAGUUGGGUAUACAUACACUGGCAUAGGUUUUCUGAUCAUGACAUUAGCAUUAUUAUGGAUGUUUUAUAGCUUCA